AAAUCAAAUCUCAACGCUGGUUUGUUUGUUGUUCUUGUCUCUGCGGCGCCUUCUCUCUCUCUCCCAAAAUCGCAAGUAAGCUUUCUCCGAUUUACCUCUUUAAGCUCAAUCAAUUUUCCUCUCACAUACCUUCUUCUUCUCCCUUCGUCUCUUCACUCACAAGCUCUCUCCUUCUCCCCAAGGUUUGUGUCGAUCUCAGAGACUCGAAUGACCUAAUUGUCACCGUUGGGGGAUUCUUAUUUCACUCUGCAAUCUACUCGUUGCGUCGAAUUCAUCUCUGCAACUCCAAUUUCUCGGGACUUUUGCAGUCUCAAAGUCUGCAACUCCAAUUUCUCUGAACCGAUCGAACGAAAGGUUCCGUCUUGAAAAUUAGGGUUUCUCAAGGUGGAUGAUAUUGGUCCUUCUGAUUCGUGAGGUGUCUGCUAGAUUUUAAGCUAGAGAAGUGAAGAAAGGCGUCAAAUUUAGGGUCUUUUUUUAAAGUACAUGUAUGGCUUCUGAGCCUGUUAACAGAGAAGAAACCGAUGGAGGAAGAGAGAAGCAGAGCAUUAGGGUUUAUACGAGGAAGGGUAAAGGUCAGAGGAAACAGUCACCUUUCUUUGCCUUUGCCACCGAUGAAAACGAGAAAGCAAACAAUCAUGCGAAGCCCCCUGAAACUCUACUAGCUCGAGAGUCUGCGGAUCCUAUAGCUGCUCUUGAUGAUACCAAGUCCCAGGCUGCUAAAGACUCAACGGAAGCACCUUCUGAAAACCCUGAAAAAUUGAUUGAUAAGCCUCUAGUGGAAGCCUUUUCUCAAGCUGAACCUCAUAAUGAUGAUGAUGAUGAUGAUGUCAGUUUGGCCGCUACUGAUAAGAGCGUUAUUCAAUCUGUACAAGUUCCUUUGGUUGAGGAUGAUGGGAACACUAUUGUAGGCGAGAAGUCUGUGGAAGUACCCUCUCAAAGCCACAGAACUCAAGACGAUGUCAAUACAGUGGUUGUUGAUGAGAACUCUAUAAAGGAACCUCCUGAAAGCCGUGCACAAGGAGAAGAUGUUACUACCGUGGUUGUUGACAAGAAGGCUAUUGAAGCACCUUCUCAAACCCUAUCCGUGGAAGAUAUCAACACUGUGGUUGUUGACAAGAAUCUCAUUGAAGUGUCUUCUGAACAGCAUGUCCACGUGGUAGAUAGAUUAAAAGAAGCUCAUCCUGGAAACCUUCCGGAAAGAGAUGCCCCUGAUGCUCAACAGCCAGUAGGGCUUACCUCUGAUUCUGCCGGUGAAAGCAUGCCAAUGGAGGAGGACCUAGAUGGACGCAUAAAGAUACAUGUAGCCUCCAAAUCUAAGCAACAGAAAGAGGAGAUUAGGAAGAAGCUCGAAGAUCAGCUUAACGUGGUCAGAGGUCUGGUAAAGAAGAUAGAGGAUAAAGAGGGCGAGAUUGGUGCAUAUAACGACUCUCGUCCUUUGGCUAACACUGGUAUUGCUAACGGAGGAGGAAGGAUUCUCUCAGGUUUUGCGUCAGCUGGACUUCCUCGUGAGGUCAUCAGAACACCAAGGCCUCAACUAAGUAUAUCAUUGUUGGAGAAUACUCAGGGAUUCAAUGAGCAUUUGGAGAAAGAGAAAAGAACACCCAAGGCAAAUCAGUUUUAUAGAACUUCAGAGUUUUUACUUGGUGACAAGUUGCCACCCACGGAGAUUAACAAGAAAUCUAAAUCAAGUGCAAAGAAGCACGGAGGGGAGGUCGGUUAUCGUUUUGGUGCAGGCUCUAAAGUUUUCAAGAAUUGCAGUGCUCUACUUGAAAGGCUGAUGAAGCAUAAGCAUGGUUGGGUGUUCAAUGCUCCUGUAGAUGUGAAGGCUCUAGGUUUGCAUGAUUACUUUACCAUUAUCGAGCACCCUAUGGAUUUGGGAACUGUCAAGUCUGCAUUAACAAGAAAUGUGUACAAGUCACCAAGAGAAUUUGCAGAGGAUGUUAGACUUACUUUCCACAAUGCCAUGACUUACAAUCCACCGGGACAAGAUGUCCAUAUCAUGGCGCAAGUGCUAUUACAGAUGUUUGAGGAGAGAUGGGCUGUCAUAGAGGCAGACUAUAACCGUGAAACGAGAUUUGUCACUAGUUAUGAGAUGAAUCUUCCAGCUUCUACAAUGAGGCCUAGACUGGGUCCUACGAUGCCACCACCACCUAUUAAUGUGAGGAAUACAAUCGAUAGAGCAGACUGGAGUAGUCAUCAUCCAAAACCAACAACAACGCCUGGCAGAACACCGACCAGUACAACACCUUCUGGAAGGACACCUGCUCUGAAGAAGCCAAAGGCAAACGAACCAAAUAAAAGAGAUAUGACGUAUGAAGAGAAGCAGAAGCUUAGUGGCCAUUUGCAGAAUUUGCCUCCAGACAAACUAGAUGCGAUUGUGCAAAUCGUGAACAAGAGGAACACUGCUGUGAAGCUACGGGAUGAAGAAAUUGAAGUCGAUAUAGAUAGUGUAGAUCCGGAGACCCUGUGGGAGUUGGACAGAUUUGUAAUCAACUACAAAAAGGGUUUGAGCAAGAAAAAGAGAAAAGCUGAGCUAGCUAAUCAAGCUAGAGCAGAGGCCGAGAGGAACGGCCAACAACAGAUGGCUCCAGCACCAGUGGCACGUGAGUUUUCUAGGGAGGGUGGCAACACAGCUAAAAAAACACUCCCUACACCAUUACCUUCUCAAGUGGAGAAGCAAAAUAAUGAGACAAGCAGAUCAAGUAGUUCAAGCAGCUCUUCCAGUAGUUCCAGCUCUUCUAGUGAUUCGGACAGCGAUAGCUCUUCGUCAUCUGGAUCAGAUCAGACUUAGAGACUGGACAUUAAAUUUGGUGUUGACAAAAAUGCAAGUUUAACUUUUACGAACGGCGAAACAGGGCGCUUAAGAAGAUGGGAAGGUAGAGAUUGAAGAAGAGCAUUUGGGGGAGCUCAAGGAUGAUGUGACGUACAGGCUAGACUAGAGGCAGAAAUUACAGAGCCUAGUAGUUGGGUUUUCGGGAAGAAAAGAUUGUAUUAUAAUGAUAUGACUUUUAGAGCAAAAAGAAUCUAUUCUUGAUUUUUGUUUUCAGAAUUGUUAGUAUGGUGUGGCUGUCUCUACUUUUAGAUAUAACCGUAGGAGGGUUGGCCUGGGUAGGAGGGUUGGUCUGUUUCAGAACGUCUGUAUAUCUUUGCCUCUCUGGUCUUGAGUAGUUUAGUUUGGUUGACUAGUUCAUGUUUGUUUUAGUUAGGGCUUUGAAUCAGCAAAAAUCACCACGCUACAACAGAUUGUUGAUGACUCAUUUAUAAGCUUGUGAGUAUGUGACAAUUUGUUUUCUC